AUGGAGUCAUCUGCUUACAACACUGAGCUCAAUGGACACGUUUACUUCAUGAGCUCCCCAGCAUCAGUGGCCGAGCGCUCCGCGGGCCCCAGACCGGCCGGGAUCCUGAGCACGAGCGCGCCACGCCGCCUUCUCAUCUGGUUUCUCUGCGGGGCCCGCAGCUCCUCCGGGCCAGACAGGCGUCCCAUCCUUCCAAGGCUUUACGGAUUUCCGGGGGCGACGAAUUUUGCCUCGGUCCCUACGAGCAUCUCUCCGCUUCGCUCCCCCGCCCCUCGCGACUCCCCCCACCCCUGGGCGCGCGCGCGCACACUCACUCACACUCGCAGGCGCGCGUGCGCACGCCCGCGCGCCCCGAGCCGCGGAGUCUCCAGCGCCCCUGAGCAGAUCCCACUCUCCCGGGCGCUGCUACUCACACAGGCUUCUAGCCGCCACGGGGCGUCCUCUGUCUGCGGCAGCGGUGGCGGCGCGAGCGGAGGCUGCAGUCUAGCCCGGUCUGACUGCUCUGCGCCCUGGACAGAGUCCGGCAGAAGCGGGAUCGGGAGGAGAAGCCGAGGCGAGGAGGAGCCGCGCCGCGCCCGGCGCUCGCUUGCCUCGAAUCCCCGCACCGCGGCCCCAGGUCCUUGGCAGCCAGCACCACAGUGUGUUGACAAUACGAGGAGAAGAGAGACAGAGAGAGCGAGAGAGAGAGCGAGAGCUCACAGCGCUCAGGUAAACGGUCUGUAA